AAGAAAAGUAGUAGCAAUUUAAAUUCGUGCAACAACCGCGCUUGCAUCAUUUUCACAGAGAUAAAGAGAGUCCUUGCUCAACGACUCAACUGAAUGGCCACCGCGCUCUACAACUCCCCGGCUUUCGUCGACGAUCCUCUCUUGCCCUUUCUCUGGUCAAUCAAAAAAGCCCUAGAAGAUUCCACGCACAAUCUCACCAAGUUACUCUCAUAUUGCAUCAACAAAUUCAAGGACAAUCACCGCUACCAAAAUGAUCCCAGAUUUCUCAAGAUCUGGUUCCUCUAUAUGGACGCUAGUGCUGAUUUUGACUGUGUUUUCAAACAACUGCUGGAUAGUGAUGUAUGCGCCAACGAUGCUUCACUUUAUGUGUAUUCUGCAUGUUUUUUUGAAGCAAAGGGUAGAUUGCGCGAUGCCCAAACCAUCUAUAAGCUCGGCAUUUCCAGAAAUGCAGAGUCAAUUAAGUGGUUGGAAAAGGCGUAUACCUUAUUUCUCAGUAGAUUAUCUGAAAUAUGUAAUGCUGCUUCAAGCCAGAAGGCUGAUUAUAAAGAAUCUGCUACAUUGCAAAAUGAUGGCAUUAAUCCAUGGGACACCUCUACUCUGAAUGACCUUUUGAAGAAGAUAAAUCCUUUAAUUGUGAAAUUUGACGGGUAUCGUUCGAGCACUAAACCUUAUACAGGAAAAGUGGCCUUAUCCACUUUGAAGAAUGCAUCAAGGAAUAAAGUUAUAGAAAUAGGUAGUUGUAUGAACAUAAUCUCGAGUAUUGAUCAUAUUUAUCUUCUAGGUGUAGUUGUCUGA